AUGACAGGGUCCACAGCUGAAUUCUACAAGAGUACAACUGAUGAACAUUCAAAUGAAGUGGUAGAUGAGAUAAGCAUGUACUAUGAUUGCAGAUACGUGUCUGCUUGCGAGGCUACAUGGCGACUCCUUAGUUUCGAUGUCCAAUUUAGGACCCCUCCAGUUGAGAGACUAAGUUUCCACCUUCCAAAUUGCCAGUCAGUUGUGUUCGAGGAUGACGAUCGAAUAGACAACGUCUUGAAUCGUCCUACUGUGGGUCAAAGUAUGUUCACUGGCUGGUUCGAUGCAAAUAAGAGAUUUGAUGUUGCAAAGGGAUUGACAUAUAUUGACAUGCCAACCAAAUUUGUCUGGAAGAAAGAUAUUAGAGAAUGGCAUCCAAGGAAACGGGGUUUUUCAAUUGGUCGCAUUUUUAUGUACCCCCAGGUAGCGGUGAAAUAUAUUACUUGCGAUGUCUCUUGA